AUGCUUCCGGUGUACACAAACCGCAUGGGGUCGCGGACCGCGGCGUUCGCCGCGGCCCGCGCCGCCCAGCUGGUGCGGUUCGCCAGCUCCGAGACCGCGCCGCCCAGCGUGGGCACCGCGCAGACCGGCGGGUCGUCGUCGUUCCGUACGGCCAAGCUGAUCGAGAACAAGCAGGACAACAAGCCCAACGUCGUGGUGCUCGGGUCCGGGUGGGGCGCCAUCACGUUCCUCCAGCACAUCGACUCCAAGAAGUACAACGUCACCAUCGUGUCCCCCCGCAACUACUUCCUGUUCACGCCGCUGCUGCCCUCCACACCCGUGGGCACCGUGGACGAAAAGUCCAUCAUCGAGCCCGUGGUCAACUUCGCGCUCAAGAAAAAGGGCAACAUCUCGUACUACGAGGCCGAGGCCACCUCCAUCAACCCGGACCGCAACACCGUCACCAUCAAGUCCGUGUCCACCGCGUCCAACCUGUCCGAGCCCGACAAGUUCAUCGGCCUCACUCAGAACGACGAGGCCGAGAUCAAGUACGACUACCUGGUCAGCGCAGUGGGCGCCGAGCCCAACACCUUUGGCAUCCCCGGCGUCGAGGAGCACGGCAACUUCCUGAAGGAGAUCCCCCACUCGCUCGAGAUCAGAAAGCGCUUCUUGUCCAACAUCGAAAAGGCCAAUCUCUUGAAAAAGGGCGACCCUGAAAGAAAGCGCCUGCUCACCAUUGUGGUUGUCGGUGGUGGUCCCACCGGUGUCGAGACCGCCGGUGAGUUGCAAGACUACAUCGACCAGGAUCUCAAGCGCUUCAUGCCCGCCGUGGCCGAGGAAGUCCAAAUCCACUUGGUCGAGGCACUACCCGUGGUCUUGAACAUGUUUGAGAAGAAACUAACCUCCUAUGCCCAGGAUGUGCUCAGAAAGACUAGAAUCAAGUUGCACUUGAGAACCGCCGUCGCAAAAGUCGAGUCCGACCACUUGAUCGCCAAGACCAAGGCUGAGGACGGCUCCGUCACUGAAGAAACCAUCCCUUACGGCACUUUGAUCUGGGCCACCGGUAACAAGGCCAGGCCCAUCGUCACUGCCGUUUUCAAGAAGAUCCCCGAACAAAACGAGUCCAGAAGAGGCCUGGCCGUGAACCAGAACCUUUUGGUCAAGGGUUCCAACAACAUCUUUGCCGUGGGUGACAACGCAGUGUCGGGUUUCCCUCCAACUGCCCAGGUCGCACACCAAGAAGCCGAAUACUUGGCCAAGGUCUUUGACAAGAUGGCCAAGAUCCCAAGCUUCCACUCCACUUUGCUGCAAAGAAAGGAAAAAGUUGAUCUGUUGUUCGAAGAAAACGGUUUCAAGCCAUUCAACUACGUGCACCUGGGUGCUCUAGCCUACUUGGGUGCAGAAAAGGCAAUUGCUAACAUCACGUAUGGCAAGCGUUCUUUCUACACGGGCGGUGGUGUGAUGACCUUCUACAUUUGGAGAGUGCUAUACUUAUCAAUGAUCUUGUCUGCUAGGUCCAGAUUCAAGGUCAUGGCAGACUGGUUCAAGUUGGCGUUCUUCAAGAGAGACUGUUUCAAAGAAUUGUGA